AUGUAUUUUGCGGCUUUGAUAUUGGUGGUCGAAUACUGGGCCUCUCCUCUUCUGUUUGAUGCUCCCUUUUUCGAUAUUAUGGCUAUUCAAAUGUAUGUUGUGGGAACGGCUGGGUGUCUACUCUUCUCUGCAGCAUUCCAUGCUGCCAAUGCUCACUCAGAGAAGAUUGCAGCGGCCUUCCUAAAACUGGAUUAUCUUGGGAUCAUCAUGGCAAUAUCUACAACCUGCAUCUCUAUUACCUAUUUUGGACUGUACGGCUCCCCAUUCCUCCAGGUCACGUACAUAUCCAUGACCAUGUUUUGUGCGGCCCUGGUAUUUCGGGUUGCACUUGAUCCCCAUAUGGACGGAGCCCAUUCCGGACCUUGGAGGGCAUUGGUCUUCUUUCUUUUGGCAGCGAGUGGUCUUGCUCCGAUCUUCCACGUCGCUGUAUUUGAAGUCGGCACUACUGCCUAUGUCUCUCGAUUUCCUGAAAGGUUCUGGCCACGGAGGUUUGAUUUGUUGGGAGCCAGUCACCAAAUAUUCCACAUCCUGGUGGCUUUCGGCCAGAUUGUUCACCUGUAUGGUCUACGUGACAUCCUCCUUCAGUGCUCUCUGAAUGGGGUGCUGCGCAAUAGUGUCCCUACAGGGUAG